AUGUUGAAUACAAUGUGCGACCAAUCACCCAAGAAGGUCAAUGAUAAUGAGUCAAGUGAACUUCGAGAUGCUAGCAAAAGGGCAAGGUCACAAGAUUCUAACCUUAGUGAAUCCACGGUUAAAAAUAACAAAAAGGUGAAAUUAAGUGCUACAGAUGAGCACACAGAAUCUGACAAGGAUGCCUCCGAGGACGCCGAUGAAAACAGUGGUAAUGGAGAUGAGAAGGAUGAGAAGGACUUGAAAGCAUUAGAGAACGUUGAAGAUGAGAAUACAGGUACAAAGGUAGAAGACGAGGAGAAAAAGGGUACCAACGAAACUGAAGUCGAGAAGCCUAGUUCUGGUUUCGGAAAGUUUUCUUUUGCCCAGAAUUCUGCAUUCAGUGCAGGGUUUGGGGUUGCUUCUAAGUCCUUUGGAACUUCUCCGGCAUUUGGGUCUGGCUUUAGGGCCUUGAAAACGAGUAAAGAUGUUGCUCCAAGCAGCACACCUGAAAGUACUUCCCCGAAACCGGCUUCCGCUAGCAACAAUAAGGAGGGUGGUUUGCCAUCGUCCUUUGGUUCAGGUCUUGCAUUUGGUGGUGGAUUUAACGUUUUGAAGGCGGACAGCAGCAAUGCUAAGAAGCCUAUUUCAUCAGGGAUAGAAAAUGAUAAAGAAAGUAACUCUAGCCAGCCCAAGGCAACCAGCGAGGAACCAAGCAAAGAGGAGACGGUAAAUUCAUUGAAUUUGACAAAAAAAGUCAUACAGUCCGGGGAAGAAACCGAGGACUCUGUUUAUCAAUCCAACGCGAAACUGUACCAGUUUACUGACAUCAAUGAAGGUUGGAAAGAGAGAGGAGUGGGCCCGGUGCAUGUGAAUAAGGAUAAAAAAACACACAAGGGUCGUCUAGUUAUGCGAUCCAGAGGUCUAUUGAAGGUAAUUCUUAAUCUGUCACUCGUAAAGGGCUUCAUAGUCCAGAGAGGCUUCCCAGGCUCUAUUCAAGGAGAGAAGUUCAUCAGAAUCGUUGCAGUCGAUGAAAAAGGUGAGCCAGUACAAUAUGCAUUGAAAACAGGAAAGGUAGAUGAUGCCGAAGAGCUAUUCAAAACAAUCAAAGAUUUAAUCCCAACGGAUUAG